AUGUCUACCCUGUCCGAACCUCGCCGGCCACGCCUCCUGCCCCAGAACCGCAAGCUCCGACAUCUGAAGGGUCUGUCGCUGCGCAACCUCUGCUUCGCUCCCGCGCAUCGCCAAACCACCGACGAUGCCGUCAUCGGCCGCAGCCCGCACCGUGCGAAGCUCGAGGCCCUCCACGAAGCCGGCUCCCUGGUUCACUCGCGGUCCUCAGAGCACCUUAGGCCGAACGCGCUGAGGUCCUCUUCGUCCAAUGUCCUGAGGCCGCCCAAAGCUCGUAGGACCAGCCUAAGCCUCGGCUCGACACAGCUGAACCUGCAAUCCAGACAGAAGAAACUCGAGGAGCUCGUGGAAGCCGCGGUUGGCGACGUCUUCUUCACGCUGCAUGUGACGGAUGUCGAGGACCCGGUCUACAUCAGCGAAGUGUGCGAGAGGUCAGCGAACUUCGACUUCCAAUUCUUCGAUUUGUCGAACCGCCAACCAUCCAUAUCCCGCACGCACCGGCUCACGAUCCGACUCUGGGCGAAGCGACCUAAAGAUGCGUGGAGCUUUUUGCUGGAGGAGAUUAUUGACUUGCGCCAGCUCAACUUUAUCGGAACCCUCCUCGAUAGACGAUACCCUCCAAAUGCAUUGGUCUUCCACCUUGAAGAUGGUGUGUACUCGUUCGACUUCCCGAACAAGAUAUCCGACCCUAAACAGAUCCCGCCCAUCCCGACCUCGUCGUACAAUGCGCUGAUGAAGCUCGCCAACCUGGAAAGCUCAAUUGAGGACGCGAUCGAGACACAGAAGCACAUCAUGCACCAGAUCAAUAACAUACUGCAAGAGGACCCCCCUGAUUCAUCCGACAUGGCGCAAGAGGACGUAAAAGUCGCAAACGCCUAUGUUUCAGCCCAGCAACGGGCCAACGCCAUCGCCCGGCGCAAACGAGACGAGCUUAGAGAGUCGCUCGCCAACCGCCGAGCGGCAAUUGCAAAGGGAAGAGAGCAGCAGGCCGAGGCGGAGGAGGACAUUGCCAACAACCGCCAGCAGCUGGAGGCGUCCAAGCAGCUCGUCGAGCAGACCGAGCGGCAGAUCCAUGGGCAGCGCCGCCGUAUCUGCUCCGAGCUGUCAGAGAUAUUCCCCAUCACCCCCAUCCCCAACGCGCCGCCCCUGUCCUUCCAGAUCUGCAACAUACCUCUGCCAAAUUCAGUCUACGACGCGACCAUAGCCCGUACCAUUAGCGAGGAUACGCUGUCCGCUGGUCUUGGCCUCGUUACCCUCCUCACCAAACAUCUCCAGUUCUAUCUAUCACAUCAUAUCCCCUACCCUCUCUACCCGUAUGGUUCCCGCUCCUCCACUCGCGACGACAUAUCCCAUCUCCCCGAUUCAAAAUCCACCACCCGUGAUUUCCCACUCUACCUUCCCCGUGGCGGCUCUACAACGGGCCAGUGGCGCUUCGAGUAUGCCUGGUUCCUCCUCAACAAGGACAUCGAGGCGCUCUGCGCUUCCCAGGGCCUCAAGGUGGUGGAUAUCCGCCACUCCCUCCCCAACCUAAAAUACCUUUUAUACGUUUGCAGCGCCGGCUCAGAGGACGUCCCCGAGCGCAAAAAGGGCGGCGUGAGGGGCCUGUGGCUCGGCCGGCUCAUGAGCAGAAACUCCCUUGCGCCCCCGUCCGUCGAUGGCGAGAGCAGCCGGAGGGGAAGCACAGACAGCCAAGCUACCCUCCAUCCCCACGGCGACGUGCUGCGUAGCCCCGUCAAGGAGAACGGGGCCAGCGUGGAGGGGCUCCCGCUCCCGUUCGCGGAGAGCGAUGUCAACUUCACGCUGCGGACAAAGGGGCUGAGGGAGAAUGUCGCGUGA